ACCGGGGGCCGUGUGGGGCUCCGGCGGCACCGCGGGCCGUGUGGGGCUCGGCACGGUGCGUGUUGUUCCGCCUGUCCGUGCUGGCUAAGGUGACAGCCAUCCCCUCAUGGCCGCGGCGGGCGGGUCUGGGCCCAGCUGCGUGCUGGGCAUUGACCUGGGCACGACGUCGGUGAAGGCAGCGCUGGUGACAGGGACAGAGCGAGGGCUGGCGCUGGCACAGAGCUGCUGCAGGGAGACGCAGGCACACAGCGAGAGCCCGGGAGCUGCACCGCAGAGAAUGGAGCAGGAUGUCCAGAAAAUCAUAAAAGCAUUGAAUGAAUGCCUUGCUGCUCUGCCUCAGCAACAGCUUCAGCGAGUCACCCACGUUGGUAUUUCUGGACAAAUGCAUGGGGUUGUGUUUUGGAAAAGUGAUAAAGGUUGCAAGUGGUCAGAGAGUGGCACAGGCCCUGCCUUUGAGGCAGAGCAGGUCAGCCCCCUGGUCACCUGGCAGGACGGCCGCUGCAGCCCCACCUUCCUCACUUCCCUUCCCCUGCCACAGUCCCAUGUCAGCCUGGCUACAGGAUUUGGAUGUGCCACAGUCUUCUGGUAUUUAAAGAACAGUCCAGAUUUUCUGAAGGCUUAUGAUGCAGCUGGCACCAUCCAGGACUAUGUGGUUGCCAUGUUGUGUGACCUGAAGAAGCCACUCAUGUCUGUCCAGAAUGCUGCCAGCUGGGGAUAUUUUAACUGCAGAAACAAGAGCUGGAAUACUGACAUGGCUGAGUGCUAAGGCCUUAUAUAUUUCAGGGCUUAGGUUAGGCCAGGACUCCAUGGUGAAAGAUCUUCUUGUCAAGACUGGUUUACCCAGCCCACUGGACUGGAAUGCUGCCCCUGUCCAAGACAAAGCUCUCUAAACUGGUGAAGGCAUCCAUAAAGCCAGCAGCCACAAAUGUGUGGCCAGGUUCAUCUGUGACUUCAAAGAGUUUUUUGCAGUAAUGCCACACAUUCCCAAACUGCUUUAUUCCAGUAAUGUUGUUCUGC